AUGAGCUGCUUGCAACAGCUAGACCGGCAGAUCGUUGGAAGCAUAGGAGUUGUGGCUGUAGGUCUGGAUUUAGGGAAAGAAGGGCCACUGGUUCACAUUGUUGCCUGCAUCGCUUCAUUAUUAGGUCAAGGUGGGCCCGAUGACUGCAAAUUCAUCCCUCAAGCUCCCCCCGAUGGUCCUCUGGUAAAGAAAGGUGGAAUGCCACCUGGACCUCGUGCUGGUUUCUCUAUGUGUGUACAUAAAAAGCGUACUAUGUUAUUUGGUGAAGUUUUUGACAUGGAAGCUGAAGAAAACUCGGGCACUGACCUCAAUCCAAGGCUACAGAUUCUUCCACAAAAGUUAAACAAGAAAUCAGGGAAAAAAUCCAAACCUAGUUCAGGCUUCAUUGCACCUACGGGUGGUGUUGCAGCAAGAGGUGGUUUUAGAAAGGUAUUGGCUGGGAGUUUAGCUUGCCUUUAA